AUGGUUCUGCUCAGUCCCUCGAUAAGCGGACUUAGAGAACUCCUGUCGAUUUGUGAGAGAUACGCGGAGGCGCACGGCCUGAAAUAUAACUCUAAUAAGAGUGAAAUACUCAUAUUCAAGGCACUGAAACAACAGCCCAGGCGUGUGCCUCCAGUCUAUCUUAAUAGGGUGGCUCUUAAGGUCGUCGAUAGCUUUAAGUAUCUCGGUCACAUUGUAACCAGUGACUUACGAGAUGACAGCGACAUAGAGAGGGAGCGCAGGGCGUUGGCGGUGAGGAGUAACAUGCUCGCCCGCCGGUUUGCUCGCUCCACUGCAGACGUCAAAAUAACUCUAUUUAAGGCGUUCUGUCAGUCUUUUUAUACGAGCGGCCUGUGGGUGUCAUACACGAGUCGAGCCUACAACGUUCUGCGCGUGCAGUAUAACAACGCUCUUAGGAUGCUGUUGCGACUGCCGUGGCGCUGUAGCGCAUCAGGGAUGUUUGCGGAGGCCCGUACUGAUGGCUUUCACGCUAUCAUGCGCAAAAAAGCCGUCUCCCUGCUGCAACGUGUUCGCAACUCUCGGAACAGCAUCCUAAAAAUGAUUGCAAGUAAACCAGAUUGCCCUAUUCAAAGGCACUGGGCCUAA